AUGCCGGGAAUGAACGACGAGCCUGUUCACAAGGCCAAGACGCAGCUUCAACUACCUUUCCCAAUGUGCAUUGGCGGUCAGUGCUCGCGUUUCAUUACAGUGGGCUCAGACGGGUACAUCUACCUCGAUGCUGUUCGUGGUGAGGUCAAAAUGAAAGCUUUUAGUGGACAGGGUCGAGGGCUGUACCUCUAUGCAAUGAAACGAAACGGCAUCUUCUUCGGCAUCUCGGGAGUGGUAGGCUCGAGAGAACUCGUGCUCGCUUGGUAUGCAGGCACGCUUGCUUUUGAGCAUGAGCAGGCGCACUUCACGGCUACAUAUCAUGAGAACGAGCCAGGCCGCAUCAGAUAUAAGUACUACCGCGUUGAUCAGACAGGGUCAGGCCCAGAAGCGCAAGCUACUUUGCAGUACCCGAACCAUUACAUCGUGCCUUGGUCGAGGGGCAAUACUUUCGAAGCAGGCAUGGAGAUAGAUAUCGCAACAGGAGAUGGUCUCAAGCCGCCAGAUGUGCGAUUGACCAGGCAUGAUGUUGAGACGUGUUCAUAG